AUGGAUUACGGGGAUUCAUCAUUAGACUCCUGGUUUGAUUGCACUCCACAUCGAGGUCCGGUGCCAUUCCGACGACAACAUUUGGAGCCGUACUUUGUUCCACAAUGGAUAGGAAAUGAGAGGAGCCGUAUACCAUGCGGAGAGGCAUCCUUCCUAGGCCAUGUCGAUUGGUUGCCUGACGGGUACUUGAUCGACCACCUUUACGACAACUGGGCCAAUGAUUAUACCCAACCGCAAAGCGCUGGGCCAUGGUGUUCUCCAGGUAGUCGACGUGAUAGACCCCAUGACGUUCAUGGCAACCAUAUACACCAUGGCCCGGUUGAUGAGGCAAGGCCUAAUAAUUCUAAUGAUCCUUACUUAGCAAAUAAUGUGCGAGAGACCGAAAGGUGUGAUCUCCAGGAUAAUCUACAGUCGAAACUCUACGCUAAAGGCGGGGAUGAAUCCCUGCCACUUCCUCGAGUCCAAGACGCCGAUCUAUUUAAAUCUGCCUACGAAGUACUACAAAAGUGUAUAGAAGAUCUAAAAACAGAGCACGAAAGAAUUCGUGACGAACGCGUGAAGCUUGAGAACCUGCAUAAUGACUUCGAGUUUUGGCUUCAAAAAUGCAGUGAAAUUAAAUCAAACUACGAAAGAGGACGCAAAGGUGCUUCUUCUCGCAGAAAAGAUCAACGUAAAAAUUGUCCCGGUAGGGAAGAACUUGGGUCAGAUGCUUCUGAACAAACACUUCAAGAGGUACACGACGAUGAGGAAGUUGAAACUGCAUUCGAACGAUAUAACGUUAAGUGGUUACAAGCACGUAUUGCAGAAGUAGGAGAUGCUGAGAUUAUCGAUAUACCGUGGCCUACUCAAACAUUGGAAGUGGGUGGGCUCUCAGACAUCCCAGUUGAGUUGAGACAAUGUUUUCGGCACCCAGCAAUCCAUGCACCUGAUAAGUCCCAGCUACGACAAUGGAAUGCAUUUAAGUUCUUUCUUGAAUCAUUUGGUCUUGUACCGUGCAAGCCAGACCACUACUGCGGCAAAACAAAUCUGUGCGUUGACAGCCAGUGCCAGCUAAAUUUUGAUAUUCGGUUUAGGGGCAUGUGGGAACUCUCACGGGUACAGGAAUUGAAAACACGGCUACGGGAGGAGAAAAGGCGAUGGCAUCCCGAUGGUUAUAGAAGAAAAUGGCAGUCAAAAUGGAGGCCGGCAGAAGAGGAAGAAAGUGCAAAGGCGGUAUUUAAUGCUGUUGUUCGAGCUUCAUUUAGUUGUGAUAGCCUGUUGAGGCAGAACGGCGGACUUGGCUCGUCCGGAGUUUAA